AUGGGUGAUUACAACAACAACAACAACAACACUAUUAUUAAUAGUGUAAUCAAAGGAGUAGCACGAACUUCAAUAUAUGUAGCUGCUACAAGAGCUAUAUCAACAAACAAGUUUAUUCGUCAAUCACGCGUUGAUGAUGAUGAUGAUGAUGCUGAUCAUCACAAACAACAACAACAACAACAAGUAUUGUCAAACUACUUUGUUGAUCAUUUCUAUGUAGAUGAUUUAGAUGAUUCAUUCCUCGACAAGAAUGUAACAGUGUAUGAUCCAUACGCAUACUUUUUCUCAACUCAUCCACAAUCGGUUGAAUUGUUGAUCAAUAAUCUGUUAACAGUUGCAACUGCUGAAGAAGAAGAAGAAGACAACAACAAAAGCCUAAACGAGUCAAUAAGAGAAACAGUAACAAACUAUAACCCUCUACAUUCAUGGAGACAUUUGAUGAGUACCAAUGCAAUGCUACGUGGUGCAAAGAGAACUAAACUAAUUGAUCAAUUGGUGUUGGAUAAUGUAGUCAAUAAUAAUCAAAAUAAUCAAAAUAAUCAAAAUAAUAAUAAUGAAAAGAUUAAACAAGUUGUGGUAUUGGCCAGUGGAUUAGAUACGAGACAUUUAAGAUUACCAUUUGAUAGUGAUACAAAGGUAUUUGAAAUAGAUUUGGAACAAGUCAUUGCUUACAAACGACUUAUACUCGAUCAGGUAACAUCUCACUAUAUUACAAAACCUAUUAGUCAAUCGACCAACACCUUGUUGGCAGCUGAUCUAUUAGAUUCUAAACAUUGGACAUCACUCCUAGAGUCCAAUGGAUUCAAUCGAUCCAUUCCAACCUUUUGGCUAGCCGAAGGACUAGUCAUGUAUUUUACAGAACAACAAGUUCAUCAACUACUCUCAACCAUUUCUGAUUUAUCAUCCCCUCAUUCACAAUUAUUAUUACAUACACUUCAUCCAAAAGUUGAAGAAAGAUUAGAUAAUACAGAUAUAAAUAAUCAUAAUCAAGAUAAUAAUCAAAAUAAUAAUAAUAAUAAUAUAAUCAACAAGAAUGAAUUUAAAUAUAGUACAACAGAUCCUGAAAGUUUAAUUAUGAAAUAUGCUAAAUCAUUUCAACCAAUCAAAACCUACAACUAUCAAGAUAUCGAUCAAAUGUUUAUUGGCCAAGUAUCUCAAGACACACCUCUUGAAACUAGUCAAUUUACUCUUUCAAUAAAAAAGUAA